AUGGAUGUUGACGGCGCGAAGCCAUCUGACGACGACAAGUUGCCGGAACGCCUUUCCUUCCGUGACAAACUUAUGGGAGGUGCAAGGGCUGAAAAACCAACCGAGGUGAAGGACCUAGUUGACCAAGGACGCAUGAAAAUCCAGUUGGUGAAAGGGAAUAGGCUGCUGCCUAAGAUAGUAACAGAUCCGUAUGUGGUGGAGGAGAUGAGUGCUCCAUGGAAAGAGGCUUUGGUGGUAACGCUCUUGGGUAAAACCCUGGGAUAUCGCACAAUGAAAAACAAGUUGGCCAAUGUUUGGCGGCUGGAUGGGGACUUUGACAUGAUUGAUGUGGGGAAUGGGUUUUACAUGGUGAAAUUCGACAUCAAGGAGGAUAAAGAGAAAGUGGUUAAUGGGGGACCAUGGAUGGUUUUCAACCACUACUUAGCAGUUUCAACAUGGAGCCCAAAAUUCAUAUCGUCGGCAGCAAGAGUUACAAAUACUCUGGCUUGGGUUCGUAUACCUGGACUCAAUGUGGUGUUUUAUGAUGAAAGCUAUUUGUUGUCGAAAGCAAGGGCGAUUGGAAAACCAAUCAAGGUGGAUCGGAAUACUCUGAAAGCGGACAGGGGGAGAUUUGAGAGGAUCUGUGUUGAACUUGACCUCACACUCCCUGUGGUGGGGAAGGUGUGUAUUGAAGACUAUUGGUAUAAUAUUGAGUAUGAGGGGCUUCAUGUGAUCUGUACGAAAUAUGGGUGCUAUGGACACCGAAGCCGGGAAUGCAAAGUGACCCCAGUGACGGAAGUGGGAAGCAAGGACCCGGUGUCCCUUGUGGAAUGUGGCCAAAGUCCAAACCCUAACCCUGAAACUGCGCAGGCAGUCAUGGCAGCACAAAACGGAGCUCCAAUAAAGGAAACAAUGGAGAUUGGCGGGGUCCCAGGAGGAAAAGACGGAGUAACUCAGGGAAAAGGUGCGCAAUCAGGAGGCAUGGAAUGUGGCAAUAAAUCUUGA